UUUGUGCAGCAAAGAAAAUGCGCUGAUAUAGAGAAAUGGAGGGACUCGAAAGAAAAUCCGUGCAGCGUGACAAGUAGCAACGGGAAGAGAUAAGGUUCUUGGCACCAACAGAGGCUGGGCGUGCAGCGUGCACGCUUGGACGAUGCCGCUCCAGCAUGGCCCUCGACUUCGAAUGGCCGCAGCCUCCGGCGCGGCUCGUCGUCCCCGCAGUCGUCUCCCCGGCCGACCUACAAGCCUCCCGUGCGGCGGCAGCAGGACAAGGACGACGGCGCUGGUUCUUGUAGCCGCAACGACAAGAGAAGGGGCGAAGACGACGGCGGCAGUGGCCACGGCCACGGCGGCGGACGUGGUGAGGGCGUUCUACGACGGCGUGAACCGGCGGGACCUGGCGGCGGUGGAGCCGCUCAUCGCGGAGGGCUGCGUGUACGAGGACCUGGUGUUCCCGCGGCCCUUCGUGGGGCGGGAGCGGAUCAUCGGCUUCUUCGGCGAGUUCAUGGGCACCAUCAGCCCCGACCUCCAGUUCGUCAUCGACGACAUCUCCGCCGACGACUCCGCCGCCGUCGGGGUCACCUGGCACCUGGAGUGGAGGGGGAAGCCGUUUCCUUUCAGCAGGGGAUGCAGCUUCUACCGCUUGCUCGCCGGCUCGGAGUCGGAGUCGGAGCAGCAGCCGCUGCAGAUUGUGUAUGGCCGAGACUGCGUGGAGCCUGCCGCCAAGCCUGGGGAUUUGGCACUGGUGAUCAUCAGGGGAGUGACAUGGAUCCUUGAACGAUUUCCAAGCCUUGCAAGCAGGUUCUGAUGACCUUUUAUGAGCACAACCGCGAAGGCGCCAACUGAGGCAAUAGCUACAGGCUAGGCUACGCAGCUUGUUCAAAAUGUCCGGUGAGAGCAAGCGUGUAUAAUGUUGAGUAGUACUCGUUCUAAAUUAUAAAAGGUGUGUUGAUUUUCGAGAUGCAUUAUUUUAACUAUGUACUUAGAUACAUAGUGUAUAUUUAAAUAUUUAAAAAAGGGUACAUAUAAAAAAAAAGCCAAAUCACCUUUUAAUUA